AUUCAAGAUGGCGUCGCUAAUGCUGAAAUCUUGCAAUUAGAAUGCAAUCCAGUGAUUCGUUUGAGAUCAGCGUUCACAGCGCCAUUUUGAAUUUAUAAUCACUUCCCAAUGUUUCCCAGCAUGCUCAGCGUUUGCCUUCCCUAUCGUCACUUCCGGUGUGUGAUCGGACGCCAAAAAGGCCGGACGACUUGGCCGAUUUUGCUUUGAAAUUUUACAACUUUUCAUACGAAAUCACACGACAAUGUCGACGAGAACAGAAAGAGAAAAGAACAAAAAACAACAUGACAGGCACACCAGUAUACUCAUGGAGUUGCUUCGCGAAGAUCAGAAUAAGUAUUGCGCGGAUUGUCGGGCAAAAGGUCUGUGUGUGCGUGUCAAAUUUGAAUUUGAAAAUAUCAGUAUUUCCUGGUCGCCAUUUACUAUUUUUAUUCCCUUAGGACCGAGAUGGGCUUCUUGGAAUCUUGGUAUAUUCGUGUGUAUAACUUGUGCUGGAAUCCACAGGAAUUUGGGUGUACACAUUUCGAAAGUAAAGUCAGUGAAUUUGGACGCUUGGACACCGGAACAAGUCAAAGUAAGGUUGAGUAAAAUUCGUGAAAAUCGCGCAGGAUAUAUUUGUACUUUCUAGCUGUGUUAUAUGGUUUAAUAUUUGUAUCUCUU